CCGGUGUUGCGCACCCUAACUCGGACGGAUGGGCAGGGUUAUCUAAGGUUUUUCUUGUUUUUCCUGUUUCUUGUUCUCAUCAUUUGGAGCUUAAAGCUUUUUGAACAGAAUUUUUUUAACCCUCUGCAAAGCAGUAAUUAAAUUUCACAGCAAUGGAGAAAACUAUUUUACUUCAGUAUCCGACAACUAUCGCCGUGGUCACUCUGACAGGAGUGGGCCUUUUUGCUUUGAAGAGAUGGAUGGCAGGCGGUGUGUGUCGCAGCAAAGUCAGACUGGAUGGGAAAACAGUCCUCAUCACAGGUGCCAACACCGGAAUUGGCAAAGAAACUGCAGUCGAUUUGGCUCAAAGAGGUGCGAGGGUCAUCAUGGCUUGCAGAGACAUGGACAGAGCCAACAAAGCUGCUGAAGAUGUGAGGAAGAGAAGUGGUAACGGCAAUGUUGUCGUCAAAAAGUUGGAUUUGGCAUCUCUGGAGUCAGUGAGACAACUUUCCAAAGAAGUUCUUGCGAGUGAAGAGCGACUGGAUAUUCUCAUUAACAAUGCAGGCAUUAUGAGCUGUCCGCAGUGGAAGACUGAGGAUGGGUUUGAGAUGCAGUUCGGCGUGAACCAUCUUGGCCACUUCCUUCUGACAAACAGCCUGUUGGAUCUUUUGAAGAAGUCGACUCCGAGUCGGAUUGUUAACGUCUCCAGCUUAGCACAUGAAAAAGGCAAAAUUUAUUUUGACGACAUAAAUUUGGAGAAAGAUUACCAUCCUUGGAAAAGCUACCGCCAAAGCAAGCUAGCCAAUGUCUUGUUUACAAGAGAGUUGGCCAAGAGGCUGCAAGGAACUGGAGUAACAACGUACAGCCUCCACCCUGGAGUGAUUAAGACGGAGCUUGGCAGACACUUCAUGCCCACUAUUUCCUUGUGGAAGAGGGUUUUGUUCAAACCUUUCAGUUUCUUCAUCAAGUCUGCUUCACAAGGGGCUCAGACGACCAUCUACUGCGCUGUGGAGGAAAAACUCCAAAACGAGAGCGGCCUCUACUACAGUGACUGUGCUCCUAAGACUGCUGCCCCCCAGGCUCUGGAUGACGAAGCAGCCAAGAGGCUGUGGGAUGUGAGCGCCUCUAUGGUCGGCCUGACUCAGUCGUAGACGCGUCGACGAAAGACGCCGGUGUCGUCAUCACCAAAGGACUUUCUUUUUCACUCCUUCCAUCGAUUGUUGUCGAUUGAGUUUCAGAAGAAAAUUUAAAAAAAGAAACACCUUCAUCCACAAGUGAUAAACAUUUAUUUCAAAUGUACAACAAACUACUUGCAAAAAUACUAUGGAUAAAACUAUGUUUCCUUCUUAACAAAUCACUGCUUCACAGAUAAGUGACAUGGAAGCUGUAUGAUCUUUAGUUUGCGUGAAAUGACAUUUUUAAUCAACAAAUGUCUACGUGGAGCUCGGGCUCACAUGACAUUCACCUUUGCUUGGAAUAAACCUAUAAGGAUUAAGUGUGCUUUGCUAACACCGCUAAUGAUUACGCUGUUAUUCUCUUCCUCCUGGGCAAUAAAGUCAUAUAUCAUAGUUUGUUCUUUUUACCUAAUAUUAAGGCAUAAAUAUCUGUCAUCUUGUUUCAUAAGGGAUGUUAAAAUAAAACACAUGUUGAUUACAUCAACAUAAAUCCAAAUCAUACAACAAAUAAAUCUUUUUAUUCUA